AUGACCUCUGAUGCCUCACCACUUGGACACUUUUUACGUGAUGGUUCCCAAGGGCCUUGUUGUGUGUCUUCUUUGCUUUCAGAUCCUAUCGUUCCUACCUUGGCCGAUGGUUGUCCUUCUUACAUUCGGUUUGAGAAUUGGAUGAGGCAUGUCGUUGCAUUACCUAUGCUGAAGAUAGCAUAUAUACGAUUCUUGGAUGGUACCUUAAGUUUUUUUUAUGGGUUACUAACUUUACGGGGUCGAUUUCUAUCUAUCAAGGUUAAUUUACGGGCUAAAGAGGACAUGAAGCUUGUUGGUGAAGAGAUGUUAUUGAAAUUUUGGGAAAUGUAUGCUGAUCUGUUUAUCCGGUAUGGGGAUGCUUCGGCCAAGAUUAAUAUGCUAGAGAAUCAAAGUCCCUUGUUGGUCUUUGGACCACUCUCGAAAAGGGUUGUUCACGAAUUGUGUGUCGUUAUCCAAAAUUGGCAUAUGGGGUAUCCUAAAGCGGCAAAUGAUUUCUUCCAAAAGAAUUUUAUGAUGUUUUGGCCUGUGAAUGAAGCUAGUGGCUCUGCCUCAACCUAUUUGGUGAAGUAG